GUUCCUCCAGGAGUGGAACAGCCCCGCCAUCCGUGUGCUUGCUCCUGAGCCAGCGCCCCUCUGGCUUCCUACCGUUCUCUGCAGGGGACAGCUGUGACCAUGGCCGAGAGAGCACUGGCGCCCACCCAGAUGGGGCGGGGGGACCGUUACUACACGUACACCGAGCUCCUGGCCAUCUCGCGGCGCUUCAAGCAGAACCCCAAUGAGCUCAUGAUCACCUGGAUCCUGCGCGUCUAUGACCAGGGCGGGCCAGCCCUGUCCCUGAAUUCUGGAGAGCUGGCCCUGCUGGGCGACCUGACCAGUGAUGCCAUCUUCAACUACCGCUGUAAGACCCUGCGGGGCAGCUGCAAGGCCCUGCUCACCUGGCUGCUGCUGGCCUGGCGCCGGCGCUGGGAGUCCUUCCUGCACUUCGAGGCCACCGAGCUGCCCUUCCGCCCCUGGACCACCAUGGAGGAGGGCAUCCAGCUGGUGCGUGAGCUGGGCAUGCUGGACUGGAUUUACCGCGAGCCGCCCUCCCCUCCUGCAGGAGAGCAGGGGCUGAGGCCCGCGCCCGAGGACGUGCCCUUCACGCAGGGCCUCCAGCGGCGCCUGCUGACGGCCGCACCCUCGGAGCUGCGGCUCUCACUCGUCAGCCUGCUGGUCAAGGGCAUGACGGUGCUGGAGGCGGUGAUGGAGAUCCAGACCAUCGCCGACGUGGGCCUGCUCUGGCGCCAGAGCCAGCCGGGCCGCGCCAAGCUCAUGUUGGGGCCCAACCCGACGCGCAAAGACCUCAUGGGCUGGCUGCUGAGCCAUGGCGUGCCCAAGGAGCAGGUGGACAAGCAGCCCACCAAGGUCCUCCUCGAGCUGUACAUCAAAGAGGCCAAGCGCAGCCGCAGCCACCCCGCCUACGUGCUGGGGGAGGAGCAGCCCCCGCCUCCCCCCUACUCAGACCAGGCCUGUGGGGAGGGGCCGCCCGGGCGGCACGACUAGGCCUCCUGGGCUUGGCCUGCUAGAUGGUACUCGGUGGCGGAGGGAGGCUGGAUUCCGGGGGAGACAAAGUCGGAGCCAGUGUCCCCUGAGCGUGCGCCCCCCGCGCGGACUGAGGGAUGGCCCGUCUGCCUGUUCUCCCGCCUCCCGAGGGCAGGCUGCCCUGUUUCUGUAUUUGAGGUUCCCGGGAGAGAGGGCUGUCCUUGCCCCCAGCCACCCCACAGGUGUCACCAGCCGGAGGUGGAGGAAGGCGAGCCCGCCUGUGGCCCUGGGUGCCUUGUUCUCCCUGGGGCACAGCCUGUUCCUUUUUAGUCUGUUACA